AUGCCGCGACACCGCUCCCUUCCUGAAGAGGAAGCGGAGCUUCUAACCAAAGACGAGCGAUCCGCGCGCGCCUCAGAAGACGAGUCUGAUGCCUCUAUAUCGUCCAUAUCCACCACGUCGCUAGUUCUUGAACACAUCAACAACCCAGCAGUCACUGGUGCAUCGCGUUUAAAUCGUGGAGAAAAGUACACCGACGACGACGAUGCAAGUCACCCACACGAACAGUUUGACAUCGAGGGCGCACAAUACCGCGCCCCAACAGGGGUAGAUAAGAAGACGCGAAGAUGGUUAUGGAUUGUAGGCACAGCAUGCGUAGCAGGAUGGACGCUUGCGCUGGUGUUCUUCUUGAUGAGCGGCACCUACAAGCCUGUCUCGAGCCGACCACACGACCCUCUCGCGAGCUCAACAAAGGGUUCCGGAAAGAAGAUUACUAUGGAUGAUGUUUUGGGUGGUCGAUUCUAUCCCCAACAACAGAGCGUCGAGUGGAUAGCAGGCCCAUCGGGCGAGGACGGCUUGUUGCUUGAGAGAGACUCUGGGAAAGAGGGAUACUUGGUAGUCGAGGAUAUCAGAAGCAAGGGCAAUGCAAGGGCUACAAACGCACAAACCACCCUUAUGAAAGAAAAGAGCUUCACGGUGGACGGGACAUCUGUUUAUCCUAACGACGUUUGGCCAAGCAAGGACUUCAAGAAGGUACUCGUCCUGUCGAAUUACCAGAAGAAUUGGCGACACUCUGGUACGGGCAAGUACUGGAUAUUCGAUGUCGAGACACAAACUGGUGAGCCUCUGGAUCCUCAAAACCCAGGAGCUGUGAUCCAACUGGCCUCCUUGUCACCGCAAUCGGAUGCGGUCGUCUUUACAAGGGACAACAACAUGUUCUUGCGCAAGUUGGAUUCCAAAGAGGUCGUCCAAAUCACCAAGGACGGUGGGACUGAAUUGUUCUACGGCAUCCCUGAUUGGGUAUAUGAAGAGGAGGUCUUCCAAGGCAACAGUGCAACAUGGUGGUCUGAAGAUGGCAAGUACAUUGCCUUUUUGCGCACAGAUGAAUCAACCGUUCCGACGUACCCGGUCCAAUACUUUUUGUCACGGCCCAGCGGAGAAAGGCCCAAGGCUGGCGAAGAAAACUAUCCCGAAGUUCGCGAGAUCAAGUACCCCAAGGCUGGUGCGCCAAACCCGAUCGUAUCACUACAAUUCUAUGACGUUGAAAAGGGCGAAGUUUUCAGUGUCAAAAUUGAGGAUGAUUUCCCAGAUGACAACAGGCUAAUCACCGAGAUCGUUUGGGCGGGCAAGACAAAGCAGGUACUUGUUCGGGAAACGAACCGUGAGAGCGAUGUCCUCAAGCUAGUGUUGAUGGACGUCGAGCAACGUACUGGAAAAACCAUCAGGACCGAGAACAUUGCGGAAUUAGACGGUGGAUGGUUUGAGGUUUCGCAAAAAACUACUUUUGUACCAGCAGAUCCUGCCAACGGUCGUGAGCACGAUGGCUACAUCGACACUGUCAUUCAUGAGGGUUAUGACCACAUUGGCUACUUUGCGCCUUUGGACAGUGACAAGCCUGUAUUGCUCACCCAGGGCGAAUGGGAAGUUGUCGAGGCGCCGUCCCGAGUGGAUUUGAAGAACAACUUGGUCUACUACAUUUCCACAGAGAAAGACUCCACAGAGCGACAUGCAUACUCUGUGUAUCUGAACGGCACCGGGAAGAGUGAAGUCGUAGAGAAUAGCGGUUCAGGGUACUAUGACGCAUCAUUCUCGGCCGGUGGUUCAUACGCCUUGAUAUCAUACAAAGGUCCUGGAAUUCCAUGGCAGAAGAUCAUCAGCACAUCAGCAAACAAGGAGAAAUACGAAAAGACAAUCGAAGAAAACAAAAGCCUCGAUCGCUUAGUACGCCAACUUGAGUUGCCAAUUCUCAAAUAUCAGACAAUUGACGUUGACGGUUUCAAACUAAACGUUCUCGAACGCCGCCCACCACAUUUUGACGAGAAGAAGAAAUACCCAGUGUUGUUCUACCAGUACAGCGGUCCAGUUUCACAGGAAGUGAACAAGCGGUUCAAGGUUGAUUUCCAAUCCUACAUUGCUGCGAGUCUUGGAUACAUUGUUGUCACUGUAGACGGACGCGGUACAGGUUUCCUCGGUCGUAAGAUGCGCUGCAUCACUCGGGGGAAUCUUGGAUACUAUGAAGCGCACGACCAGAUUGCAGCGGCUAAGAUUUGGGCGAGUAAAAAGUAUGUUGAUGCUGAUAGGUUGGCUAUAUGGGGUUGGAGUUUUGGAGGCUUCAACACCCUAAAGACCCUUGAGCAGGAUGGAGGAGAGACGUUCAAGUACGGAAUGGCCGUUGCGCCUGUUACCGACUGGCACUUCUACGACUCCAUUUACACAGAGCGCUAUAUGCACACGCCCCAGAACAACCCCGAAGGCUACGAAAACUCGACCAUCACAGACGUGAGAUCGCUCGCGAAGAAUGUCAGGUUUCUUAUCAUGCACGGUGUUGCCGAUGACAACGUGCACAUGCAGAACACACUUACUCUACUGGACCGGUUGGAUCUUGCAGGCAUUGAAAACUACGACGUACACGUGUUCCCAGACUCGGACCAUAGCAUCUACUUCCACAACGCCAACAAGAUUGUCUAUGAUAAAUUGAGAUGGUGGCUUAUCAAUGCGUUCAAUGGCGAAUGGUCGAGAAUUGCAAAUGCAAGUCCAAAGGCACAGAUUGAUGCCAAGUCGGUAGAAAAGUAA